GCGGUUUGUCGAGACAAGGCACGGCAAGGCAAGGCAGGCCCGACCCCGGUGAGUCCAGGCCAGGCCUGUCAGGUCAGGUCAGGGCGGGAAGAGGAAUUGCUUCUUUCGCGAUCACAGGAGGGGAAGGGAAUAAAAUGCAUGUUCGAUCGAAAUGAACGCGCGCAUUAGUUCUAGAGAUUGGCAUUUUGGAUCAUCGACUUGAUAAACCACGUGGGGUCGUUCGUGAGCUUCGGCCACGUGUCGAUUGAUCGGCGGACGUGCGCCAACUAGCAAUCUUGCAAGAUGAAGCUAACCGUGAAGACACGAAGCGGGCGCGAGAUAUUUCCCGGCGGCAUAGAACUCGAUGACGAAGCAACAGUUAAUGACCUGCAGAAGGCGAUUCAUGCCAGGAAUAAGAAGUGGUAUCCAGCGAGGCAGCGGCUGACUCUUCCUCCCCCUGACAAUCGCGCAAGGCCUAUCGUCUUGGAGCCUGGGAAGAAUCUUUCGACUUAUGUGCUGCCGGGCGGCCAUGCGAAUGUUGUUUUCAAGGAUCUUGGACCGCAGAUCGGAUGGAGGACCGUGUACUUCUGGGAGUACGUGGGCCCUCUCCUCAUUUAUCCCCUCUUCUAUUUCUUCAAGGACAAGCUGUAUCCGUGGUAUGGUGGCCGUACAGUGACUCACCAGGCGCAGACGGCCGCGCUUGUCUAUUUCUCCUUUCACUAUGUCAAGAGGAUUCUUGAGACCUUCUUUGUGCACAGAUUUAGCAAGGCCACCAUGCCUGUGUUUAAUCUAUUCAAGAAUUGCGGGUAUUACUGGGGGUUCGGGGCGUUCAUAGCGUAUUUUGUGAACCAUCCACUGUACAUGCCAGUUGGGGAGACGCAGAUGAUUUGCGGCUUUGCAUUCGCAGUUGUGUGCCAACUGUCAAAUCUGUACACGCACAUCAUUCUGAAGGGACUGCGGCCGGCAGACGGUGCGGGCGGAUACCAGAUCCCAAGGGGUUUUCUUUUCAAUUACAUAACUUGUGCAAAUUACACAACAGAGAUUGGCGGGUGGUUGGGAUUCAACAUCGCAACUCAGACGCUUGCUGGUUAUCUCUUCCUGCUGGCGGGAACUUAUCAGAUGGCACUCUGGGCUCUCGCCAGGCAUAAGCGCCUUCUGAAGUUGUUUGAUGGAAAGGAUGGACGACCAAAGUACCCACGUCGGUGGGUGAUGCUCCCUCCAUUUUUCUAGGUCGCAGCAGGAGGACUACGAAUCCGUCUGUUCUGACAGUGAUUCAAAACAUGUUACAGUGUUUGCACAGGGUGUUCUGGUUUUCAUCCACCCCCCCCCCCAUUGCAUAAUUUGCAUAUUUUAUUAUUUUCUAUUUCUAUUUCUGGGUGCUUAAUUUGCAUAUUUUCUAUUUCUAUUUCUGCGUGAUUUCUAUUUCUAUUGGGUCUUUUGCAUCCUCCGUACUUUUGCAUUUGGGUCAGCAUGAAGAGGUAUUAUGUCCUGUGUCCACCCCCUUGCAUUGCCAAUUCUUGUCCUCUCCCUCCCUCCCUUCCUCCCUCCCUCCCUCCCUCCCUCCCUCCCUCCCUCCCUCCCUCUACUCGACCAGUACUGCCUUUCCCUCUGUCCCUCCCUCCCCUCCGUACAUGCCAGUACUGCGUUUCCCCCCUAUUCAUACCAGUGUCCGGCAGCUGAGCAUUCUGGCGGUAGGGAAGCCCUUGUGGUGGCAUUUUACGGAUAUAUCCAAUGAUAUGAGCAACAUUCUUAUUGUGGUGGGCACAUUUUUUCAUCUCUCAAUUAGUAAAUUAUAUGAGUAGAUUUUUUUUCGGUUUUAUAUAUGGAAAUUGGAACAGUAUUGCAUAUGUGUAUGAAUGCAAGUGAGAUUUUUUUCUAAGAAAUAAAAAAGAUAUAAGGAAAGAAAAAGAGUGUGUCCUUAGGGACAUCUGUUAACAUUUGAACGAUAAAUGUUCCAAAUUAAA